AUAUAGCUAAGGAACUGUCCUUGGUUUCACUGUAUAAUCCCACACACAUAACUACACAAGCACCAGAACAUCCGAUUCAUCGUGAGACCAUUCGGAUUUGGUGUAUCGAAUCAUCGGAUAAGAAAGAUCAGAUGGCUCCUAUUGCUGCUGGCGACGUUCUUCCCGACGGUACUCUGGCCUACUUCGACGAGGACGAUAAGCUUCAGAGUGUCUCCGUUCACUCUCUCGCCGCCGGUAAAAAGAUCAUUCUCUUCGGUGUCCCCGGUGCCUUCACGCCAACUUGCAGCUUGAAGCAUGUACCAGGUUUCAUUGAGAAAGCAGAGGAGCUGAAGUCAAAGGGCGUUGAUGAAAUUUUGUUGAUUAGCGUCAACGAUCCGUUUGUGAUGAAGGCAUGGGCAAAGUCAUUCCCUGAAAACAAGCAUGUUAAGUUUCUGGCCGAUGGUUCAGCGAUCUAUACCCAUGCUCUUGGCCUUGAGCUUGACCUUGUAGAAAAAGGGCUUGGAACUCGCUCCCGCAGGUUUGCUCUAUUGGUUGAUGAUUUGAAGGUGAAGACUGCAAAUGUUGAAUCAGGUGGAGAGUUCACUGUUUCCAGUGCUGAUGAUAUUCUCAAGGCUCUCUGAGUGUCUUGUAGUACUCGCUCUCUUUUGAAAUCUGGGAAACUGUUUGGCUAUCUAUGGCUGCGUUACUAGUUACAGGAAAUAAAUGCCUGGGAACUUGCAUGGUUAUCAGCUUAUUACUUCUUAUAUAUUCGUGUGAUAUGAAGUUUAUGGUACAUUUUUGCUUUUAUGGAUUGAAAUUGAAAGCCAAAUAUUAUAGAUUUGAGUUAUUAGGAAGAAA